AUGGACCUUGCUGAUAAUAAUUUCUCAGGUUCAAUCCCUCGUUGCAUUGGUGAUCUCCGGGGUAUGAUGAUAAAAGGAGUUGAAGCACAACCAGCAUUCACUUAUGAUGCAAAUGAAUGGGGAAAAAGGAAUUUCAAGCAAGUCUUGAAAGAAAAUGAAUAUGAUUACACAAAAGAAUACAAGUAUCCAUAUUUGGUAAACAUAGACUUGUCAAGUAACAAUCUCAUGGGAUCAAUUCCUGAUGACUUAACCUCUCUUUCUGGAUUGACUGGCUUGAACUUAUCACGUAAUCACUUGUCAGGAAAUAUCCCAAGUAAUAUACAGAAAAUGAAGUCACUGGAAUCCCUUGAUUUUUCUAACAAUAGCCUUUCUGGUCCUAUCCCAACCGUCAUGUCCUUCAUGGAUAAUCUAGGCUUCUUAAAUUUAUCCUACAAUAAUUUUUUAGGUCUCAUUCCGAUAAAUGAUCAUUUUCUCACCUUUGAUAAUCGAUCUUUUCUUGGCAAUUCACGUCUCUGCGGAGGACCCCUAACGAAUAAAUGUUCGAUUGGUGAUGGGGUUAGGGUACCUACCAGCGUUGACCAUGAAGACAAGAAUGACAAUAAUGAUAAGAAAGAAAAGGAUUGGAGUUUGGAGACACAUUUCCCUUACGUGGAUGGGGUUGUAGAUAAGAUGUAUGUAGCCAUAAUGGUAAGGGUAGCAAGGGACAGGCAGAAAAGACUUGUGGUGGGUGGUGAUUACUUACCAAUUACCAUCCAUAUGAUUCAAUCAUCUAUUUGCAUGAUCAUGGAUGUCUUUCCUUCUAAUGUUAAAUUUGUUUUGCUUUGGUUACUAUGUACAUUCAUGUUCAACUCCGUUACAUGCAGUUUGAAGGUUCAUUGCAACGAGAAAGACGUGCACAUACUCCUACUCUUCAAAGAAGGAGUCACAGAUCCUUCAGGCUUCCUCUCUUCAUGGAUCACUCAACAACAUUGUUGUCAAUGGACAGGAAUUAAGUGUGACAGCAUCACAGGCAGAGUUACCGAGCUCAAUCUCCCUUGUCAUGCAGGAGACAAGGACCACAAAUCACACUGCCUAUCAGGUCAACUCAACCUAUCUCUGCUUGAACUUCAAUUCUUAAGCUACUUGAAUUUGAGCAAUAAUGCCUUCAAGGGUAUCCAACAUAAUCCAAAAUGUGUUAAUAUGUCAAGAGACGCACGUUCUCAUCACUGUACAAACUCGUCCAACCUCCAAGUUCUUGAUUUGUCAUAUAAUCGUGAUAUUCUCAUUGAUAAUCUCCAUUGGAUUUCCCAUCUUUCUUCUUUGCAAUAUCUUAACCUUGAUGGAGUUGAUCUUCACAAGGAAAUUAAUUGGCUUCAAUCCGUCACCAUGCUCCCUUCACUUUUGGAGCUACACAUGGAGAGUUGUCAACUUGAAAAUAUCAAUCCAUCUAUUCAGUAUGCUAAUUUCACUUCACUUCAAGUUCUAGAUCUUGCUGAUAAUAUUUUUUUAUCUUAUGAGUUGCCCACUUGGUUAUUCAAUCUAAGUAGUGACAUUUCUCAUAUUGACCUUAGCCAAAAUCAGAUACAUGGCCAACUGUCUAAUAUGUUGUCAAAUAUUAGAAGCAUUAAAUUCUUGAAUUUGUCUUAUAAUGCUCUCAGUGGACCUAUUCCAAACUGGAUAGGACAACUUGAACAACUACAAGAACUUGAUCUUUCUCACAAUUCAUUUUCUGGCCCAAUUCCCACAAGUUUGGGAAAUCUUUCAUCCUUGGUUGUAUUGAAACUCAACUUAAAUAACCUGAAUGGAAAUCUUCCGGAAAGUUUUGGGCAACUCUGCAACUUGGAGGUCCUUACAGUUGCUGAUAAUUCCUUAACAGGAAUUGUGUCUGAAAGAAAUUUAAGGUCUCUUUCAAAGUUAAAGCACUUGUACUUGAGCUCACCAGCCUUAAUAUAUGAUUUUGAUCCUGAAUGGAUCCCUCCUUUUGACCUUCAAGGUGUGUGGCUAGGAUAUGUGGGUGGCAAACUUCCUUCAUGGCUAUUUACCCAAAGUUCUCUCAGAACUCUAAUCAUUACAGACUCAACUGCUUCAUUUGAACCUCUUGACAAAUUUUGGAACUUUACUACUCAACUUGAAUUUUUGUCUUUAUCUAAUAACUCGAUCGGUGGGAACAUGUCAAAUGUGUUGCUAACCUCCAGAAUUGUUUGGUUGACUUCCAAUAAUCUGGGAGGUGGCGUGCCUCGAUUGUCACCAAAUGUGGUUCUCUUGAAUUUAGAUGGUAACUCUUUGUCUGGAUCCAUUUCUCCUCUUUUAUGCCACAAGAUGACAGAAAAAAGCAAUCUUAAGUCCUUAGACUUGCGUUAUAAUCUUUUAUCCGGAGAACUCACAGAUUGUUGGAAUAACUGGGAAUCAUUGGUUCGUGUUAGUUUGGGGAACAACAACCUAACAGGCAAGAUUCCUCACUCCAUGGGAUCAUUGUCUAACCUUCUUUCAUUGAAUUUGAACCGCAAUAACUUGUAUGGAGACAUACCUUUGUCUCUUAAAAAUUGCAAGAACCUAUUAAUCCUUGAUCUUGGUAACAACAACUUUUCUGGAGCUGUGCCAAGCUGGAUGGGGCAGUCUCUAGAAACUCUUCAACUAAGAUCCAAUCAAUUCAGUGGCAACAUUCCCCCUCAGAUAUGCCAACUUAAUUCUCUAAUGGUGAUGGAUUUUGCAAACAACAGCUUAUCAGGACCAAUACCCCAAUGCUUACAUAACAUCACAGCCAUGCUUUCUGAUUCAACUUCAACUUAUGAGAUAAGAUUUCGCGUUGAAACAACCGAUUCAAUAAUGGAUUUUGUAUUUCCUGUGGGUUUGCUGAUAAAAGGAAGUGAAUUAAUAUAUAAGGACAUGGUCUAUGUUAUUGAUCUUUCAAGUAACAGUUUGUCAGGAACCGUGCCUUCAGAGAUAUUUAUGCUCACUAGAUUACAAUCCUUGAAUUUGUCCCGUAAUCAAUUAGUGGGGACAAUACCAGAAAAGAUUGGCAACAUGAAGCAGUUGGAGUCCAUUGAUCUCUCAAGCAAUCGUUUGUGGGGAGAAAUUCCUCAAUCCAUGUCCGGUUUAUCUUUUCUUGGUGUCUUGAACCUGUCUUUCAACAAUUUUAUGGGCAAAAUCCCAUCAGGGACUCAACUUCAGAGUUUUACAAAUCUUAGCUAUAUGGGUAAUCAUCAACUUUGUGGACCUCCACUUACAAAGAUCUGUCCAGAAGAUGAAGAAUCCAACAACACAAAACCGAUAGUAGAAGAUGAAGAUGAUGAUUAUACAUCUGCAGUUCAUUCAUGGUUCUAUAUGGGUUUGGGAAUUGGAUUUGCAGUGGGGUUUUGGGGAGUUUUGGGAGCCAUUUUCUUCAACAGGAAAUGCAGGCAUGCCUAUUUUAGAUUUCUUCACCGACUAUAUGACAUGCUGAUCCAAAUAUAAGAAAUUGCAACUGCGGUCCUUGAUGUUCAUCCUUGGACUACCUAUCUCACCCACAGGUUUACAAGAGCCACAACGUGGCAUGCAUUAUCGACCACAUAUAUAUCAAUAAUAAUAAACUUGGACCAAUAAUUUCAUGUUUCUAUUUAUCAAGUUACUUUGCCUAUUGCAAAUAGUUAUGUUUCCUCGGUUAGAUCUCUGCUCUGUGGUAAAGUUGUAUCGUUUCUUUACACUAGAC